AUGUCUGCAAGUCCGGUUGACCAUACAUUUGAGGAGGAGAAUAUCAACGAGGUUGAUUCCUCAGAGUCGCUGCAUAGUCAAUCACAAAGUGAUGAUGAAGUACAGGUUCCAGACCUUCAAGAAGACGAAGAUGAAGAAGAUGACGACUUUGGAUCGUUUGACGAAGCUUCUUUCGAAGAAUUCCAAGAACCAGAACCCGAAAGACAUCCUGAAGAAACGAAGAAGAUCUCUUUGAGCUCGCAAGAUUUUCUGGAAGCUCAGCGAUUUCUGGAUAGAGUGGACGAAAUAUUGGAUGAAGUAUUCCCUGAAAUCCAACACAGAGAAGUUGCACCCACGCCUCUAUUAAAAGCCGAGGCUUCGAAUAAACUCAUUACACUCUCACGGGCUCCACGGCUAAAUCCACCAAAUUGGAUAAAACUGAAAAUACGUCACAAUCUCUUGAUCAAACUCGGAGUGCCAAUAAAUCUCGACGAGCUUGAGUCUCCCAACACCAUCAACAUCUCCGCCACAGCAAACAUCACUAACAAUAGAAGGAGAUCGAUUAAUGAGCAGGACCUUAAAUGGGAGCAGUACCACAUUCCAGAGGUGGAGACAUUCAACCUUACAUCAGAGCAGAAACACGAACUAGUAGGUGAAACUGCUGAGGUGCUUUCUAAGAUUGAAGAAGACAACUUAAACAACACAUCGCAGCUCUUUUUGGAGAAUUCGCUGGAAAGCACGCUCGAUAUGAAAUUAGCUCAAAUGAAGGCUAAUUACGACCAGUUAAUCAAGCUUAGUGCCGUUUGGCAGGACCAGAUGAAGGAGCUUCGAAACAGCCAGGAAAUCUACGAGUCGGUGGUUCAGAAUAUGGUAGGAUACAGCCAAAAGCUCCAACGAAAUGAGAUCAUUGAGCAUCUUCAAAAGACAAAAGGCAAGAAGGGAAAGCGAACGUUUUAG